AUGUCUCCGCUGCGCUGGGGCGCUUGGCUGCUGCUGCUCGCCGGCCCCGCAGCCUCCACCGCCAGCCCGGCAGACGAGAGCGGCGGGGCGCGGGGAGGGGGCCGAGGGGACGGGGAACGCGGGGCCCGGGACGAGCCGCAGCGGCAGCACCACGACUCCUCGUACGGCACCUUCGCCAGCGAGUUCUACGACCUGCGCUACCUCUCCGAGGAGGGUUACCCUUUCCCUACUGCUCCUCCUGUGGAUCCAUUUGCAAAAAUUAGAGUGGAUGAUUGUGGAAAAACCAAGGGAUGCUUUAGGUAUGGUAAACCUGGAUGUAAUGCCGAGACUUGUGACUAUUUUCUCAGUUAUCGUAGAAUAGGAGCUGAUGUAGAGUUCGAGUUGAGUGCUGACACUGAUGGCUGGGUGGCAGUAGGAUUUUCUUCAGACAAGAAAAUGGGCGGAGAUGAUGUCAUGGCUUGUGUUCAUGAUGAUAAUGGAAGGGUCCGAAUACAGCACUUUUAUAAUGUUGGUCAGUGGGCUAAAGAGAUCCAGCGAAAUCCAGCUAGAGAUGAAGAAGGGAUUUUUGAAAACAACCGUGUGACUUGUCGAUUUAAACGUCCUGUGUAUGUUCCCAGAGAUGAAACUAUUGUAGAUCUUCACUUGAGCUGGUACUAUUUGUUUGCUUGGGGUCCAGCAAUUCAGGGUUCUAUAACUCGGCAUGACAUAGACUCACCGCCUGUAUCAGAGCGUGUUGUCAGUAUUUACAAGUAUGAAGACAUUUUUAUGCCAUCAGCUGCCUAUCAAACCUUUUCUUCUCCAUUCUGUUUGCUUCUUAUUGUUGCACUGACCUUUUAUUUAUUGAUGGGAACCCCAUGAUCACAGCUGGAUAUGUAUGGAAGAUUGUGAGAAUUUGUUAAUGAGAGUUCUUCAGGAUGGAUGCAUUUUCUGUUGGAAUUCAUAUCACGUUGUCUAGCUGCUUUAUUGACAAUUUCAUCUUCUCAGCAAGGAAAUAACCUCUCCUUUGAGCAGUAAAGGUGUGCCAAAUAAUUAAGAAUAAUCAAGGAGCAAGUAACAAACCAUUUCCAGUGUAACUACUAGUUGUUUAAUGAAAAAUACUUUUGUAAAAUGUGUGUGUGUAUGUUGGGGGGAAUUUAGUAAUGGACAUCUAGAAUCAAAUUAUUUAAUACACAAUUUCCUUCCAUUCAAAAAAUAAAAGUUGGGGAAAUAUUGUCUGUUAAA